CAAACCCUGUUGCUAGCUCUCGACUGUCAGCAGCAGAAUGGUGCUGGGAGGGUGUUCUGGUGUACAACAUUUAGGAUCUCUACGGUUGGAACUCUCUGAGCAACAGACGUCAUGCACUAAUCUCAAGAAACAAAUAGAAGAACUCCAAACAGAGCUGAGGAGUGUGAGGACACUGAAGAAGCAACAGGAAGGAAGUAGCCAGAGCCAGAUCAGAUCUCUUCAUGAUGACCUGGAAAAAUGUCAGAGUGAAAUUACCGAACUCAAGAAAGAGAAUUUACUUUUGAAGGAUACAAUGGAGCUACUCAGUGCUGAGCUGGAGUUGCAGAAGCAAGAAGCUGCCCAGCUCCAGGAUAGGGAGAAACAGUACAGAAGACUUAAAGAAUUAGAAGAAAAGUCAAGAAAGUGGGAGUCCAGAGCAGAAGAUGCACACCUUAUAAGCUGUCUGCAAGACAAAUUAAGUGAGAGAGAAGAGAUUAUCAAGAAGUUGGUGGAAGGAAGAAAAUGUCAGCAUUCACUUCUAGCCAACACUGAAUCUUACAGGAAUCGAUCAUUUUCUUUCAACCCUAAUACAGGAUGCUUGUCUUCUUCCAUGAAGCAGCAAAAGAGAACAGUUGAGGUGCCCAGUCGUGUUGUCAGUGUUCCGGAUUUAGCUUCCUAUGCAAAGAGCUUCUUGAGCUGUGACUUGAGAUCAAGAAGAAGUGCUCCUCAAAUAAAAAAGUCUACAAGCUUAGACCGGAGUCCUGGCAGCCUCAGGGUGGGCUCUCCAUCAACACAGUCUUCAGAGAGCAGUGCUGCCACAAGCACACAUAGCAAUGAACCACCACAAACCAAAGAUGACCAAAAGCAAGAACCACAGCCUCAAGAAUGGUUUACUAAAUAUUUUUCAUUUUAAAGAAAACGAUUACCAUACUUCUCAGAAUUACUAGAAAAGGUCUUCCUGCUUUCCUUUAGGAAAUGAUAAUCCAAUGUAUGAUUUAGAAAAAAAUAAGAAACAUGUAAUUUCCAUGUAAAUAAUUAGGAGCAACUGCACUCUCUUGCAUCUAAUUGCUAUGGAGUUAGAGGCAUGGAAUUCAUUAUUUUUUUUAACAACUUCUAAAAAUGAAGGAAAAGCAAAAUUCUGGAUACUCUUAUGUGAAGACUUUUCAAUCAAGAAAUCAUCCCACUCCACAAUUACAGUCAAUAUGCAGUUUGGUUUUGGUAUGUCCUGUCAAUCUGUCCUCAGCUGAAAAAAAGAUCAUACUUCAGUAAGUGAUUUCUGUAGGUUUAUACAUUUACUUAACCAGCUGUUUAAAAUUAUUUCUGCAUAUAGUAAUGCAACUUUUUAUAUUUUAAGAGGUUUUUGUUAAAAUUGUUUUCAGCUGUACAGCAUGCAGUAUACCUUCAACAACAGCAUGUUUAUAGCAGGUUGGUUUAGAAAUACUUCCCGGUUUGCUUAAUAAACUGUUUUGUAUAGUCAA